CAGGAACUCUGCCUCCCCUCUUGCUGUCAUUAGUGGCAUCCAGAAACUGAGGAGACAAUAGGGCAACAGCAAUACGCCUGGUUGAAGCAACAGAGCGACAGCACCCAGCAAGGUGACACACAGCUACUGUUUGCAGGAAUUUAUCAGCAUUUCAACGCAAAUAAUUAACUAGUAAAUCAAUGCACUCGAAGACAGCGAGUGGAUACCCAUUGCAUCGUGACUGAGCGACUUUCCUGUUAAUGGAGUGACUGCAAUAUGUCCCGCAUAUCGUAAUCGACUUGAAAGUCUCCACAUCGUCCAGAUCUCCCGCCUAAGUUCUCGGCCUCUCCGUCCAGAAGCAUGACCUCAUCCUCCUCGCCCCACGUCUCCCGCGCCUCCAUCGACAUUCUGGAGGAGCUGCAGCUCAUCGCCGCUCAGAACAUGGAGAAGCUGGAGAUCAACCGGUACUAUGAGGUCAUCCGCGAGCUGGGCAAAGGGACCUACGGCAAGGUGGACCUUGUAGUCCACAAAAUCAGAGGCACUAAAAUGGCCCUGAAGUAUCUGCGGAAGAAGACCACCAAGCUGAAGAGCUUCCUGCGAGAGUACAGCAUCUCCCUCUACCUGUCGCCCUGCCCAUACAUCAUCAACAUGCACGGCAUCGCUUUCGAGACAGACGACUACUACAUCUUCGCCCAGGAGUACGCCUCCGCCGGUGACCUCUUCGACAUCAUUCCACCCCAGGUGGGUCUCCCUGAGGCUGUUGCCAAGCGCUGUGUCCGCCAGGUGGCUAUUGGCCUGGACUUCCUGCAUGGCAGGAAGCUGGUGCACCGCGACAUCAAGCCCGAGAACGUGCUCAUCUUCGAUCGCGAGUGCCACAAGGUCAAGCUGUCGGACUUCGGCAUGACGCGGCGCGCCGGCUCACCGGUCAAGCGUGUCAGCGGCACCAUCCCGUACACGGCCCCCGAGCUGUGCGAUGCCUCGCGGCGCGACGGCUUCCUGGUGGAGCCCAGCACGGACGUGUGGGCGUUCGGCGUGCUCCUCUUCUGCAUGCUCACGGGCAAUUUCCCGUGGGAGAAGGCGCUGCCAUCGGACGCCUUCUACGAGGAGUUCUCCCGCUGGCAGCGCGGCCGCUCGGCCCAGGUGCCCUCGCAGUGGCGCCGCUUCACGCCCGAGGCGCUGCGCAUGUUCCGCCGGCUGCUCGCCAUCCAGCAGGACCGCCGCUGCUCCGUCAAGGACGUCUUCGCCCACUUCGACGACUACUGGAUGCUGGACACGGAGAAUGGAAAUGUGCCCGGCGUCAUCACGGGAUCGGUGUCACCUUCGGCGGUGUCGUCGGCUGGGGCGGGGGCUCACUCUUCCUCAUCCUCCGCGGGCGGCAGCGGCCCUCCCGCCGAGCUCAGCUGCUCUUCGUCGUCCGAGGAAGAGGAGCUCAUUGAACGUCUGAAGCAGCAGAGCCUGACAGCUGUGGUGACCAAGGGCGGCAUCGUCAUGGAGCCCGUGGCAGCCUCACACUACUCCUCCUCGGUCAACAGCUCGCCCGCCUCCAACGGCGGCUACGAGCGUGGCUCUCGCGACAGCAACGGCAACGGCGGCCGCAUCCUGGUCACCACACCCAUCGAGAUUUGUGUGUAACCGUUGAUAGCCGUUUUUAUUUUUGUUAGUAAGCUGUGAGGCAGAUGCAGUUUAGAUUACUACUGAAACACUGGCCACCUUGUGGUCAGGGGAGGAUGUGAAGAGAGACAAGACCGAUAAGACUGUGUAUAUGGGACUGGAUGACGGACAAUGGGAAAGGACAUGAGCUAGUUUAGACAGAGGUGACAUUUCACUUUCCAAAUUCCCAGUGUCACCGUGACAAAGUGUGAGGGAGAGAGGAAGACAAUCACAGCUCAUCCACCCUGUGUGUGAAGGAGGUGACAAGGUCACAUUAACACCCACAACAGUAAACAAACAACAAUGGAGACCAAACUGCAUCCCCUGAAAACUAACUCGAAGGACAAGACGCCUGCCCUCCAUUUUAUUUUUGCAGUGGAUCUGGCAUGAACCUCAUUUCCCUAAAGCAAUAUAUCAAAAACAACAUUGUGCAGUAAAGACCAAACAGGCAAACCUUUAAAAAGAAAUGAACAACACAAGGAAGCACAAAAAACACAGGGAUGGAUGCCUCCGCAGAUGAAGACGUGUAAAAUGGACAGUUCUGAACCAACUGUUAAGUUAUGCUUGAUUAUCAAUUUGUAAAUGCAAUGUUAACAGUGGGUCUACUGUGUUUAUAUACUUGCGUGUUUGUGGGUAUGAACCCAUGGAAGAGUUUUUUUUUUUUUUUCUUGUUUGGCUGAUAUAAGUUAUUUAUUUGAAUCUUAACCUUUAUUUGUGGCCAUUCAUUUUUAAGUGGUAACAUUGGGUUUUUAAAAACAACUAACCUUUAUGACCACAGCUGCAGUUAGGGAACAUCAAACAAGGCCUCAUCGUUUGGUUUACCAAAUGUACAAAGUAUAGUUAAAUAAAAUAACAAGUCAUUUUGUGAGAGCAGUCCUGCACCAUCACCUCCCCGCCCCUCAACCACUGUUCGAGCUGUGGAAACAACAACAAAUAGUUGCCAGUCUUACUCUGAACCAAGAAAACAAAAGAGUAAUGUUUACAUGCUUUGGGUUUACUACUGGAACAAUAAGCUACGGGGUUCUCUGUUUUGGAUGAUGUCACUGGGUUAGGCCCUAGCAAGGGAGUUGAGGACUUGAGAAGACUGUAUAGCUGCUACACCACAUGCUCAUGUACACAGAUGCACAUGCACAUACACACAGGUGUAAAAAACACAUGGAGGAUUUUGUUUAUCCCCCCCCUUUUCUUUGUACUCAGGUAUGUCAACAAGCCUUUCAGUAAUGCUUCAAAAUAGCAUUAUUCAUAUUUGCUUUGUAACAGCAAGACAGUUAAAUGAUUACAUCACCAGAAUCUCAAAUUAUUUAGCAAUUUAGCCCCCCCUCCCAAACAAAGCACUUAACCCAAUAAAACCAGGUUUGGAUUAUGUAAGAAAAGUGUACUGUAGACACAGUGCUGCCAAGUAGUCAUUUGCAGAGACACAGAGGAAAUGCUUUCUGUCACAGAUUGGCAGACCACCUGUGGAGAGUGCUGAGAUCCAUCUGCAGGGAAAGAUUAUUAUUCUCCCUCUUGCCACGUACAGCGCUAUUUGGACAUUUGCGUUUGCAGUGUCAUGCUAAGACCUGCUUUCUCAAGCCUGCAAAUUAACUUCCCUGUGUCAAACUGCAAAAAAAUGACUUCAGAACAUAUGGCCCACAUGGACUGAAACAUCUCUCAAGAGCAAUGCUGCUGUUAAGGUCAGAAUAUUUUAAAUGAAAUGAGGCGGGAGAUAUUAAUUACAUUAAUGAGUCCUUGUAAAGAAAUUGAAAUGAAGCACUGGACAGCACACUCUAACUAUAUCACUCGACUGCAAUCUAACUAGCCAUUAAUCUGACUGAUGAAAGACUUGAUUUUAAUGACAAGAACAAUACACUGUUCAUAUGCCACCAGUAUCUGUGCAUGUGGACGUACUCCUGAAGUGUUUCUAUAAUUUGUUUGCAAUUAUUUGGUUUAAUUUCUGGUACUUAAAUAUUAAUGGAAAUUAAUGAAAGUCUGUUAUAAGUGAAACAUCACAUUUGAAGAUAUGAAAAUUAGCCCCAAAUUAUACAAAAAGCACCAGUAGUUUGUUUCAGUGCCUUGCAAAACACUCCAAGCCACAAAUUCUUAAAAAAGUGAAGAAUUGAAUAUACAAGGCAUUUAAGAGAGACUGUCCAAGAUUACUGAUGUGGAAUUGAUUUAAUCACUGUAGAAAGCUGGCCUCUAGUAAACCAAGAAGAGGUUACUUUAUAGAUAUUAUGGGUAGACAGGUGUGGCAUUAUUAUAUUAAAAUGAAAUUAUUUACUACAGAUGACAGCUUAAUAUUGGGUACAAGACAUCUGUCUGCAUUUUGAAGUUAAAGUCAUGUAACAGCAUUCUGUAAAAACGUGUUGUGUUUAUAUUGUUUCUGAAGUUGUUGAAAGUCAGUUGUUUCUCCAUAAACUCUGAGCAGAUUUCAUUUAGUGGUGACAAGCAAAAUGAGCCGAUGAAAAGUAACAGCUUUUAUGGCCGGACAUCUACAGAGCUUUCAUUGACCUCCAGGAGUAUCUCGGUUCACAUGGACAGUAGAUACUGACAGGUUAACACUACCGUAUCACCCUCAAGAUGCAGUCUGAAGUGUUUCAAGAUAAUCCCUCAUGUUCUGCUAAUAGUUUUCUUUUUUUCUCACUUAAGUUUCUCAGUGGGUGAGGCUAUUUUUUAUUGGAAUAUCUUGAUUUUCUGUAAAGCCAAGGAACUGAUUGACACUUUUGUUUUUCCUCUUAGUAAGGCAUUGAAUGAUUUGACCCCACUGUCUAUUUUAUACACAUUUUUAUGGGGUCAUCAUUUGUGUAGAUGUGUUAAAGCCAAGAGCAUUUGUUUGAAACUGCAUGGUCAAAAAUAAUAUGAAACCGUAUCCACACCUAUGACGUCUAUUAUGUGAUGACAUUUUGCCGUGCCACAAACUUGCAUCACUGCAAUGGAUGUGAGGGUUACUGGUCAUUUACUACCUGCAUUUUACUGUACACUGAGAGAGAGAGCGAGUGCAUGAUGAAAGCAGCUACUGAAAAUGAAGAAGAGAAUAUACCAGACAGCUCUCUGUCCCCCCAGUCAUGGAUUAACAUUUGUUGGCCAUCCUGCCGUGCCCUCUGUUGUUUUACCAGAAGGAAAUCUGAGCACAUGCGAUAAGGAUGGACUUGAAAAUGACAUAAAAUUCAUUCGAAAGAGACUGACAUUCCCCUCUUCAAAAAUGGCUGGAGUUCUGCAUUUCUCAACGGCAAUGACGGUGGGUAAAGGAACACUUUUGAGACAAAGUCCUGUAUUUGUUUGUCCUUUUUUGAAUACCUGCAUGAAUAAAAUACUGUUCUGAAAAAGACACUGGAAAUAAAUACAUAGCCUUCUUGUCAACAGUGGUACAGGUAUUUUAUUGUAGCAUCGAUGGAGCCGACCUCUCCAGAUUCUCUUCACUACUUUGAUUAACAGUUUUGCCACAGACUGUGGUACCUCUUUGUGCAAUAGUCAUCGUCUAUGGAAUUCAGUGGCUCUACUCAUGUCAAAUAAAAGGACGAGAACCUCACGUCUUUUUUUUUUUUUUCAAACCAUGACCCAAAGCAGUCCGUGUGGGAAAAAAAAAAAACAGCAACAACAAACAUAACAAAACAAAAAAAAGAAAAGAAAAUGGCAUUAGAGACAGCCGUCUUGGUGUACAGUGCUGUUAGAAAUGUUAUGGAACCUCUGUGUCUCUGAUGCAUCCUCUUCAUGUGCCGUUGUGUGGUGUGUGGAAGAGUAGUGUGUAGUUUAAAAAAAAAAAAAAAGUGUGUCGCUAGACUCGCUACAGAACUCUUGUCUUAUACCGCAGAGCCAUCUAAUGGCAACCUGUCCUCUCCGAGACUUCUCUUUUUUUUCUUUCCUCUCAUUAAAGAUGAAAUAAAGAAAAUGGAAGCUUC